UAUAUAGCAAACUACCCAAAGUUUGUAUAUCUAUGUGAAUUCUGCCCACUUUGUGCCAGAAGUUCUCGAGCACUGCUUCAGUUUCGAGUCAACUCUCGCCGCGAAUGGUUGCUUCUAAAGAAUAUUCUUGUGUGUUGUGUGAGUGGUAGUAAAAGCAAAAUUUAUCAAUCAACUUCUCAAGAAUUUUUAAUUGGAAAAAAUAUUUAGAUUUCUUGAGGAAGAGAAGAAAAUUGAAAAAAAUUCUGAAAAGUGAUUUUUAUUAAAAAAAAAAAAUCCAUCAAUGGAUAAAUUUUAUGAAUUUUUGUGUUUUUUCUAAAAAUUCAUUAGAAAAGAAAAAAAAUUGUUCAAAUUGAAGAGAUUUAAUUUUGAAACAACACAAGUUUAUUAUUUUCUACAUACGGGGAGUCAAUUGGUAAUUAUCCAAGGAUGACGACGGAUUCCCUGAAAUCGUUCAUCACCCUCCCAACGACCACCAUUUACGGGAGGCAGAGAUCGGAAAAUACAAAAUUCAUCCUCUUGUCGAGUUUCGUCCUCAUCUUCAGUAUUGGCAUCUCAUCGUACGUGAUUUGGUCGUCUAUUAGGAUGACCGAGCUGAGGGAUGAACUCAAUGGAUUGCGUGGUAAAUUGGAGGACUUAAGAAAACGAAUGGGUCUGGAUUUGCUGGAUGAUUUGCAUGACUUCGAAGAGGCGCACGAACUUCCGAAGCAUCAUCAAGGAUUCCUCGAGGAUUUUGGCAAUUCUGUUGAUGAGCUUGACGAUGAGGAUUACAGUAUCGAUGACCUGGAGAUGGAUGAUGAUGACGAUACGGAGAACAUGAGGGAAGGCAGUGGUAUCUUCAAAAUGUUCCCAGACGACGAGGAGUACGACAAUGAGAGUAUCUACGAUGAAAUAAGGAAAAGUCGAAAACCACGUGCAAUUCCACCCCACGAGGGUGUCCCGGUGGUUGAGGAAUCGUAUGCAUUACGUCGCAACAGGACCAACACACCGGCUGAUGAAAUGGUCAUGAAUGUUCUCCUCAAUCGCAACCAGAGUCCUAAACUCAAGUACGACUGGGGUCAAAAGAAGCGAUGGGCUGGAAAUGAGAGGAGACCACCAAAUUCCAUUCAUCGUCGUCCCCCAAGGAGAUAUCAAUCCCUCAGUGCAUCCCCAACACAAUUUGUCGACAAGGAUGUCACACUGACGAUCCGGGAAUCAGAUACGAAUCCCCAAAAGGAGCUCAAUAUUCGCCAUCGGAAUCAUCAUCAUUUGAACACGCAGCCUAAUCUGCAGGAACACGUGGCAGCUCCAGAGCAGAGAGUCUAUCGCCGCCAGUUUGCAAAUAGUGGAGAGCGUAAGAAGAAGAGUCAUGGCAACAAAUCACGCACAAUAGCCAUACACUAUGAAGGGGAUGAGAGCAAGUAUCGUCUCCUGACGCCUCAUCACUACAAGAAAGAUAAUGCAUUGCUGCAUCAUGUUACCGGAAAUUACGACUACUGGAAGCCAUCAACAUGGGCAGUUGAAGCAGGAAUGGAGAACUACUUUACUCUCGAAGAGGGAGGCGUCACGGUUAAAGAAAGCGGUGUCUACCUAAUCUAUGCUCAAAUUUACUACAAUGACAAACGAGAUAGCUACAGCUUUACAAUUCGUCGCAAUGGUAAUCCCAUUUUACUCUGCGAAGUAACAUCGAGGAAUGAUCAUUCGCACAGCAAUCACGAUACACAGAAUAAGAAUACCUGCUAUACGAGCGGAGUAGCCUUCCUGCAGGCCGAUGAUCGGAUUCAGGUGAAAUCUGGCGAGAAUCAGCACUACGUUCUCUUCCAUCCACAUACGAGCUUCUUCGGGCUCAUACGCUUAGGGGGCCCGGCAUCGCAUCAUGCGCCCAAUAGUGCCCCAGGGACGAAUUUAAUUAGCCACGAGGAUAGUCGACGAAUUUAUUCGUGAAUAUACCAACGCAGCUACAAAAAUUCGCGUCCAUCGAUAGAGUCGCGAAAUGAAUAGAAGAAUAUCCGUAUGGGGGGAAUGUUCGCUGAUUUCUCAUGCAAUUCCGUGCCAUUUACCUAUAUAAACAUAAUAUAUGAUUCAAUGGGUAGGAAUUUAAGCCAUAUUUACUGUGAAGAAGGAGAAGAAAGGAGCUAUAUCAAUGUCUUUUUCUUUCAUUGCCCCAUUCUAUAAAUCCUACACCUAUUACCUUAUUAGAAUUAAACUUUGUGCCAAUGGAAGGAAAGCAUAAUGUAUCCUGUAUUACUCAAUCGAAUGUAGAAUUAGUGAGAGAUAUUAUAAUGAAAAAAAUAUCUAAAAAAAAAACGUAUUUAUAAAAUUUUAGCAAUGUAGGCGAAUUUAUGAUUUUUUAUACAAUCUCUAUGAUACCAAAAAAAAAACAACAACAACGUAUCAAAGCUAUAUUAUUUAUAGAAAACGUAGAAAAGUUAGUUCGUAAAUUAACAUCAUCGUAUAACUUUUACUAUAAGCUAUGAAAUAUUGUUGAAAAUGCAUGUUAAA